UACACGCUCAGGAAGCAGAGGAACCACUGAGAUUCCCAUACAUAUACUGAUUUAUAAAGCCGUUUAAGCUUUGUCAGAAGCUAUAAUUUUCAUUUAGUUGUAUUCAAAUCAAUAAUGCUGGAUGGUCGCUCUCAUGAGAUUCACCAGGGACAUAUACCGGCUCUUGGGGCUUGGAAGCGAAGGCCCCAGUGAGCAGCGACAGGAGGAGAUGGACUGUCGGGGCAGGAGUUCAGACCACAACGAUGAUGUCACGCUGUCACAGGAUGGCCUGAGUGGAGAAGAGGGUUUGGGCGAGGAGGAGAGGGCCAGACGCAAAGCGGAGCGGCGGAGAGCAAGGAAAAAGCGUCGGCGCGAGCGAAAGAAGCUGGAGAGGGUGAAAAAAAGCGAAGGUGGCGAGCAGGACGGCAAGGAGGCAGAGGGUGGCGCCGAGUCUGAGCUUGAGGACAGCGAGUCUGAGGAGGAGGAAAAGGAAGUCAUCCCUCACUCCAAGGACAGGCCCGUCCCCCUGCUGGCCUCUGCAGGGAACAGGGGUAACCGGCAGCCGCCAGCCGGCCCCUCUGAAGAGGAGCCUGAGUGGGAUGUCAGCAGCGCCUUCGUGGCCAAUGCUGCCAGUCACAUCAAGCCGAAGGUCAGGGCCAAGCCCACACCCAGGUCCAAAGAAAACAAGGAGAACGAGGCCCGAACCAGGGAGGUGAAUGGCACAGAAAUGGUCACUAAAAAAAGCACGUCAUUAACAGAAAAAGGGAUCAAACUGGUUAACCAGGGCCAGUACGCUCAGGCUGUCAGCAUGUUUACAGAGGCUAUUAGAUACGACCCCAACGAUUACAGGUUUUUUGGGAACCGCUCCUACUGUUACGAGUGCCUAGAGCAGUACCCUUCUGCCCUCUCCGAUGCUGAGAGGGCCAUUGAGCUGGCUCCUGACUGGCCUAAGGGAUACUUCCGCAAAGGGAGGGCGCUGAUGGGGAUGAAGAGGUACAUGGAGGCGGAGAAGGCCAUGGAGCAGGUGCUCAAGCUGGAUACGAACUGUGAGGAGGCAGUCAACGAGCUCACUGACUGCAGGGUUCUGCAGCUCAUGGAGCUGGGCUUUGAGGAGACGCAGAGCAUGCUUCUGCUGGAGAGGUACACCACAGUGCAGGCCGCACUGGCGUCCCCUGAGGCUGCCAAGGUGGUGAACAUGGACUCUAUUCAGGACCAAGCUGGACCCCCCUACCCCUCUCUCUGGGUGGGAAAUGUCACUGCUGAGCUCACGGAGAAGCACCUACGGGACCUCUUCAAAACGUUUGGGGAUAUCGACAGCAUUCGGGUCCUGCAUGAGCGCUUCUGCGCCUUUGUCAACUUCAAGAAUGCCAACAUGGCUGCCCGCGCCCUGGAGAAACUGCAUGGGGUGGAGCUUGAGAACACCAGGCUUGUGAUUCGUUACCCAGACCGUCGUGUCCAGCGAGCUCCUGCCCCCACAGCUCUUCCACCAGUUGCUGCUGUUGGGUCCCGGCGCCGAGGCCCAGUGAAUGGGGACGAGUGCUACUUCUGGAGGACCACUGGCUGCCACUUUGGCGACAAGUGCCGCUACAAACACAUUCCGGAGCAGCGCGGCCGAGACAGGAAGCCCUGGCAGCCCUGAGCCCCACCCUGGAGCCACGCCGAAAUGAAGGGGGGGGCCUGUUUGCUUUGACAGAACAGACCAGGCGAGGAAGGGAACACCACAGGGAUCUUCUGUGGAGCCCUCUCUCCCUCGCCAUACCAACUGUACUUUCAUUCCAUGUAGCCCUGACCUUACCCGCACCCUCCCCCCUCAGACCGGGCCAACUCCCUUCUGCCGUCGUGACGUCACUGCCAGCCGCUUGGCCUCGGGGACGAGGGAGGGACUCAUGGGAAAGAGGGGCCCUGCCUCUCCCGAGUUUAGGGCGGCUCAUGAGGUCGGGGCGAUCAAAGGGGCCACGGUCGAAACGGGCCGCGGUUUGCGGCCCCGGCCAGCCGGGCUGUCAUUAUAUCCGCCCCCUCUCUGCACUCUGUGCCAGGGGUAAACCAGGAGAUGAGUUGAUUUAUUCGACGUUUGCCUGCCAUUCCUUUUAAGGUGCGCUGUAGCCCAGACUCGUGCCUCUGCCCGCGGGAACUGUCA